AUGUGCUGCAACUACUACGGUGGCUAUGGCUGUGGCUAUGGCUCAGGCUAUGGCUGUGGAUAUGGCUCCCUCUAUGGCUGUGGAUACGGUUCCCGCUAUGGCUGUGGAUACGGCUCAGGCUAUGGCUGUGGAUAUGGUUCUGGCUAUGGCUGUGGAAUCGGCUGUGGCUAUGGCACCCGCUAUGGCUGUGGGUAUGGCUCAGGCUAUGGCUGUGGAUAUGGCUCCCGCUAUGGCUGUGGUUUGGGCUAUGGCUCUGGAUGCUAUGGCUACCAGCCAUUUUGCUACAGAAGCUGCUAUUCCUUUUGUUACUAG